UUAACAUUUUACACAAAUCUUUUCUUUUUGUCAAGGAUUUUUAAUUUUAACUUUAACUCACAAUUUUUUCUAAAUUUUAUUUUUUAUAUGAGUACAAACAACAAUAAAAAUAAAAAUCAAGAAUUUAAUACUCAAGGAAACUUUAGUCGGAAUAUUCCAGAAAUUCAUUCCCCCCAACCAACUUCUCCAUUAAUUACAUUACCUGGGGCAGCAAAAAGAAAAUCUUCGGGAGGAAUUUCGAAUAAAAUGGAAAAUUUUUGUUUUGUUGAUUAUGAAGAGGAGGAGGGGGAGGGUGAUGGACCUAAACCAAAACAAAAACGUUAUGAAGAUAAAAUGAGUGCAAAAUUAGAUAAUAUACAUUUAAUUGAAGAUUUUGGACAACAAAAACAAAAUAAUAAAGGGAAAAGUAAAUCAACAUUUUCUGCUUCUUUGGAACAAAUUAGUCAACCAAAAAUUGUGGAAAUUGUUGAAUGGGAUUCUGAAUUACUUGAUGAAGAAGCUUCUUUGCCUAUUAUUGAAGAACCUAACGAAGAAAAAAAUUUGGAAUUGAAGAAAGAAACAGAAGAAAAAGGUUUUUUGAGUUUUUUAGACUAG